UUUCUGGACUGGUUUUGGGAAUCCCCGAGCUGGUUUUGGGGUCCCUGGAGUGAUUUAGGGGUCUCCAAAGCAGUUUUGGGGUGCCUGGACUGGUUUGGGAUCCCUGGAGUGGUUUAGGGGUCUCCAAACCAGUUUUGGGGUCCCUGGGCCAGGUUUGGGAAUCCCUGGGGUGGUUUAGGGGUCUCCAGAGCAGUUUUGGGGUCCCUGGACUGGUUUGGGAUCCCUGGAGUGGUUUAGGGGUUUCUGGACUGGUUUUGGGGUCCCCACACAGCUUUGGGGGGUCCCUGGGCACGCCCCACGCCCCCAUUUUUCGGAACCCUCCACUCACCCACCCUCCCCCCCCCAAACCCCCUUUCCCUCCCAUCCCCCGCCCCGUUCCUCCCGCAGCUUUCGGCGGCGGCGGCGCCGAGGACGACGGAAACCCCGGAAUUCCGGAACGUUCCGCCGCGUCGCCGCCAUGGCUCCAUCGCGCAGCCGCUCCACGCAGAUCCCGCCGUGCAUCCCCAAGCGCCAGCUCCCGCCGGGAUACUCGGACUCCCUCCUCUUCCUCUGCGCCCGCCGCAUGGUGGCGCAGCACCCGCUGCCCGUCCUGCUGCCCGCCCUGCCCGCCCACCUCUACCCCAUCCUCUUCCAAGCGGCGUUCCUGGACGGAAGACCCCUGGUGCUGCGCGAUUUGGUGGCCGCUUGGCCUUUCCCGGUGCUCAACUUCCAGCGGCUGGUGGGGCGCCGGGAGCUGCUGCGCGACCAUCCCUGCAAGCUCUGCGUCCAGGCCGUCAUCCUGGCCGUGGUGGCGCAGCUCCGGCGGCAGCUGGAGGAGCCCGGACACGACGCCAGCGGGUGCCGCCUACGCGUGCUGGAUGUGACGGGAGUUCCGGACGAUCCGGCUGGCCGCGCUCCGGACGGGAUGAGCGUCUGGUCGGGCACGGUGGCUUUGGCCAAGGCUUGCGUGGAGGUGUCCAAGCACCAGCGGGAAUUCCAGCGGCGCGGAUCCAAGCGGCACAAAGGCCGCUCCGGGGCCGCCACGGCCGCGGCCGCUCCGCAGCCCCCGGGCGUGGACGUCCACGCCGACCUGUUCGUCAACGGGACGUCCUACGGGAUCCUGCGCGACGCGCUCCAGACCGGAUCCGCCGGCCCGCUGCGCCUCAAGUGCCGCGAGUUCCAAGCGGAAAAGCUCUCCCUGGCAGGAAUCGUCAGCCUGCUGGAAACUCUGGAUCCUUCCUGCGUGCGGAGGGUGGAUCUGCGCUUCCGGAAUUUGGGAUUGACGGGGCUCUCGGUGAUCCUGCCGCACCUCUCGCGCUUCCCGGAGCUGCGCAGCCUCAAGCUGCAGUACAGCAACGUGGACGUGCGGCGCCCCACGCCGGAAUCGGCCAUCGGGAUCCGCUGCCUGGCCGGGCAGCUGGGAAUGCUGCCCAGCCUCCGCGAGCUCAACCUGGGAUCCUCCCGGCUCUCUGGCAAUCUGCGCCAGAUCCUCUGCGACCUCCAGGCUCCGUUGGAAAGCUUGGAAUUGGCCUUCUGCUCCCUCGUUCCCGCCGACCUCGCCUUCCUCUCCCAAAGCUUCCACGCUCCGGCCCUCAAGCGCUUGGAUCUGAGCGGCCACGACUUCUCCCAGGGCCUCCUGGAGCCUCUGCGGCUGCUCCGAGAAACCUCCGCCUCGCUGCUGCACCUGGAUCUCAUGGAAUGCCGCAUGGCCGACUCCCACCUGGACGCGCUGCUGCCGACGCUGCGCCGCUGCUCCCGCCUGCGCUUCCUGGGACUCUACGGCAAUUCCCUGUCCACGGCCGCGCUCAAGGAUCUGCUCCAGAAAACCCUGGAGCUGCCCGACCUCCACCUGGUCGUGUACCCCUUCCCCGUGGAUUGCUACAAGCCGGAGCCGCCGCGCCGCGUGCCAGGAUCCCGACCGAUUUACGAGGAGCCCAUGGAUGGAGAACGUUUGGCGGCGGCCACGGCGGAGAUUUCCCAGCUGCUGGCGAAUUCCGGCAGGACCGACCUCGUCUGGACUUACAACCCCUACGGCCACGGAACCCUGGACUACUUCUCCUUGUGAUUUGGGAAGAGCUCGGAGCCUCCAUGGUGGAAAAGCGCCGCCGCCUCUUUUUCCGAAAUCCGGGCGUUUUCCGCCUCGUUCCAGUGGUUUUUUUUCCCUUUAUUUCGGUGCUUUUCCAGUAUUUUUCCAGCUCAUCCCGCUUUUUUUUUCCUCCCCAUCCCAAGUUUUUCCCCCUGAUUUUGUAGCUUUUCUGCCACAGUUUGAGUGUUUUCCUUUCCAUCUCGAUAGUUUUCCCCUCAUCCCGAUAGUUUUCCGCCUCAUCCCGGUAUUUUUCCGCCUCAUCCCGGUAUUUUUCCUCUCAUUUCAUUAUUUUUCCGCCUCAUCCCGGUGUUUUUCCAUCAGGAUUGGCUUUGCAUGGCCAAAAUUCCGUGAGCCUCCGGGGCUGGAUUCCACGGGAAGCUUCCAGAAGCUUCUCCCGUUUUUGCCCGAUCCCAUCGGGAACGGCGGCGCCGCGUCUGGAGUAAGAAUUAAGUUGGAAGAAACCAAUCCAGGCACAGAUGGAUUUCCAGAGCGGGAAUUUUGCAAAGAAACAAGUCUGGAGAUGAUUCCUUGGUGCUGGAGUGGAAAUUCCCAAAAUUCCAUGGCGCGUCCGUCGGGAAGCUCGUCCUGGAGCUGCAUCUUGGCAGGGACCUGCAGAUCCGUGGAAAAAAAGGAGCAGAUUCCUGGGAGGAAUCCCAUGGAGGAUAAAACCUCCGGAGCAGGAUAUUCCCCAAGGAUUGACCCCUUGGAAAAACCCAUGAGGAAUUGUCUCCCCUGGGAGCGACGCGUUGGGAGAAAUCCGUGGAAAACUCUCGCUGCGGGAUGGAUUCGUGUUAGAAAACGCGUGGAAAACUUACCUGGGGAUGGAUUCACGGAGAAAUCCAUGGAAAACUUACCUGGGCAUGGAUUCAUUUGGAAAUCCAUGGAAAACUUACCUGGGGAUGGAUUCACCUCGGAGAACUCCAUGGAAAACUCCCAUAACUGAGAAAUCCAUGGAAAACUCGCUGUGGGAUGGAUUCAUGGAGAAAUCCAUGGAAAACUCGCUGUGGGAUGGAUUCGCCAUGGAGAAAUCCAUGGAAAACUCUUCCCAUAGCCAAGAAAUCCAUGGAAAACUCGCUGUGGGACGGGUUCACCUUGGAGAAAUCCAUGGAAAACUCCCCUGGAAUGGCCAGAGGGAUUGAGGGAAAGCCGGGAACGAGGGAACUGGGGGAGGGAACAGUUGGAUUUGGGCUCUUGUUAUCCUGCUCUGAUUCUGUCGGAAAUAAACUCGUCCUAUCCCAGAUCCCGAGUUUGCCGUUCCCAGAUGGGAUUUCCCGAGGCAUCUCUCCCAAUCCUAAUCCCAGUCCAAGAAUCCUCCAGUAUUUC